UGGCACCACAGCAAUCUUUUCCAUUCUCUCUUCAAUCUGUGCUCUCAUUUCUCCCUACCUCAAAAGUCUUGAUAAGCAAAGCAAUGGCUCCAACAAUGGCAGUAUCAUCAGCUGAUUCCUUUGAUCUUACUGAUUUUGUCAUAAACAAAGGGAAUGGAGUGAAGGGUCUUUCUGAUUUGGGCAUCAAAAGCCUUCCUUCUCAAUAUAUUCAACCCCAAGAAGCAUUGAUCAAUAUCAUCCCACAACAAUCCAUUCCCGUCAUUGACAUGUCAAACUGGGAAACUGAUCCCAAAGUCGCUGAAUCAGUCUGCGAAGCUGCUCAGCAAUUUGGCUUCUUUCAGCUGGUUAACCAUGGCGUGCCACUUGAGGUACUCGAUGGAGUUAAGGAUGCAACGCAUCGUUUCUUUGGUUUACCAGCAGAGGAGAAGAGGAAAUAUUCCAAGGAGCUUUCUUCUACCAACAGCGUCAGGUUUGGAACCAGCUUUAGUCCUGAUGCAGAGAAAGCUCUUGAAUGGAAGGAUUAUCUCAGCCUCUUUUAUGUCUCUGAGGAAGAGGCUUUUGCAUUAUGGCCUAAUGCUUGCAGAGAUGAAGUUCUUGAAUACAUGAAGAGAUCCCAAAUCCUUUGCCGAAAGCUCAUGAGUGCUCUCAUGGAGAAUCUGAACGUGAAGGAAAUAGAUGAAACAAAAGAAUCUCUUCUAAUGGGAUCUAAAAGAAUCAACCUCAACUACUAUCCAAGAUGUCCGAAUCCUAAUCUUACUGUCGGGGUUGGCCGCCAUUCUGAUGUUUCAUCUCUCACUUUCCUCCUCCAAGACGAAAUUGGUGGACUUUACGUGAGAGUGAAUGAAGGCAAAGGGGAAAAAGAUGGCUGGGUUCAUGUUCCUCCCAUUGAAGGAUCUCUUGUGAUAAAUGUUGGAGAUGCAUUGCAGAUACUCAGCAAUGGUCGAUAUAGGAGCGUAGAGCAUUGUGUGAUUACAAGUGGAAGCAAGAACAGAAUUUCAAUCCCCAUUUUCGUAAAUCCAAAGCCAAGUGAUGUGAUCGGUCCAUUGCCUGAACUGAUCGCCGCCGGAGAGAAGCCGAAAUAUAAAGAUAUUCUUUACUCUGAUUACGUCAAGCAUUUCUUCAGGAAGGCUCAUGAUGGCAAGAAGACUGUUGCUUUUGCUGAGAUCUCAUCGUAAUACUAUAAUUAAACAUCAUUUUUCUUUGUAAUAAAUAAUUGUUUGAACCAUAAUUUCUUCUUCUUCUUUUUUUUUUUUUUUUUGGGUUUUAUGUAAUUUGCUUAAUAUUUUUGUAAUUAUCUUUCAUCUAUUUAAGAUGUGUCAAAUGUAUCGUCCAAGAAUAAUUAUCUUUCUAAUUCGUUUAAGAGCUCUUCCUCAGUAA